AUGUUACAUGGUCAGACGAAAAUUGGUACAGACGGAAACGAGGAACCUUUUGCUCGUCUGCUAUCCGGAGGUCCUGCCACGCGACGUCGGUGGUUCAUGGUGCCACUGUUGAUGCAGGCAUGGCUCUCAGCGACCCCGUGCUUGGGUGAACGCCCAUGCCCCAAGAGCUGUCGGUGUGAUGGCAAGAUUGUUUACUGUGAGUCCAAUGCCUUUCGCGACGUCCCCAAGAACCUCUCUGGUGGGUGCCAAGGGCUGUCUCUGCGCUACAACAGCUUGGCGAGCUUGCGCGCAGGCCAGUUCGUUGGUCUCAAUCAGCUGAUAUGGCUCUACUUGGAUCACAACUACAUCGCGAGUGUCGAUGCUCGAGCCUUUCAGGGAAUCCGGAGGCUCAAAGAGCUGAUCCUGAGCUCCAACAAGAUCACAAUGCUCCAUAAUACCACUUUCCAUCCGGUCCCAAACCUUCGAAACUUGGACCUGUCUUACAACAAGCUCCAGGCGCUGCAGCCGGGCCAGUUCCAGGGUCUGCGCAAGCUGCUUAGCUUGCACAUGCGUUCCAACUCCCUGAAGAACCUCCCCACGCGCCUUUUCCAGGACUGCCGCAACCUUGAGUUUCUUGACUUUGGCUACAACCGCCUGCGCAGCAUCACACGCAAUGCCUUCUCAGGCCUUCUCAAGUUGACCGAGCUGCACCUCGAGCACAACCAGUUCUCGAAAAUCAACUUUUCCCACUUCCCUCGGCUCUACAACCUCCGAGCGCUCUACCUGCAGUGGAACAGGAUCCGCUCCAUGAGCCAGGGACUCACUUGGACCUGGUCGUCCGUACAGAAGCUGGACCUUUCUGGAAAUGAUCUGCAGGAGCUGGAUCCUGAAGUUUACCAGUGUCUGCCCAACUUGCAGACGCUCAACCUGGAUUCCAACAAGUUGGCCAAUGUGUCUCAGGAAGUUGUGGCGGCCUGGACAUCCUUGACCACCAUCAGCUUGGCGGGUAACAUGUGGGACUGUGGUCCUGCUGUCUGUCCCCUGGUUGCCUGGCUGAGGAACUUCCGUGGAAACAAGGAGACGACCAUGAUUUGCGCAGCUCCCAAGGAAGUUCAAGGUGAGAAGGUCAUGGAUGCUGUGGAGGCUCAUGGCGUAUGCAGGAUGAUGCCUACUAUGCCUUUUACUUCCAGUUCUGUAUCCACUCCCUCCAACGAUCCUGCCAAAACAGAGCUUGUUCCCACUCCUUUCUCUGGUGGCAGCAGGAGCGAACAGGGAACAACCCUGCUAGGCUUUAGCCCUUCAUCGCCAUCCCUGCCUGUGGCCCCACCUCCUGAGCAAGACUACGAGCCAGUGUCCUUCCACAAAAUUGUGGCCGGGAGUGUUGCCCUCUUUCUGUCGGUUGCCAUGAUCCUGCUGGUGAUUUACGUUUCAUGGAAGCGCUACCCAAGCAGCGUUAAGCAGCUCCAGGAGAACUCGGCCGCAGCCCGCAAGAGACGGAAAAAGGCCCGAGAGACGGAGCGUACGCUGAGCACCCCAUUGCAGGAAUACUAUGUGGACUACAAACCUUCGAACUCAGAGGCCACAGAUGUCCUGGUUAAUGGAACAGGACCAUGCACCUACACUAUAUCUGGCUCCAGAGAGUGCGAGGUCCCUCACCAGAUGAGCACCCUGACCUUUUACCGCUACGAGCAGCCCAUAGUGGACUACUGCCACGCCCAUCAGCCCCUGCGUAUUAACAUGGGCUACGAGGGUCCGCCGCAGUCGCUGGAGGGACUGGACGAACUGGGCGCUCGCGGGGAGCGCAGCAGCAUCCAGACGGUGGCGCUGCCCGCAGUGCCCACGGUGGGCACGGUUCCCCGAUCCCCGCCGCCCCUGAGGACCGUGGCAGAAGGGCCCAGCGUGCCCUACCCGUCCACCGAGCGCACCGCCACCACCAUCACUUUCGGCCGUUAA